UGACAGCUCUUCUUUGUUGUAAGGGGCAUCAGAUGAAUUCAAGAUGGCUGCCUCCACUUGCCACAUUGUGAACCGGUGUCUCUUGCUUUUGGUGGUUAGAGCAAGUUUGGAGGGAAUACUUGCAGUAGAUAAAGAAAAGACAGUAGAUAGUGUGCCCAAGGAAAGACCACCUGUUGCGUCUGUGGACGAGAGCCAUUUCAAAGAAGAACAAACUGGAAGUAGGAAAGACCCUAACAAGAGCCAUGAUCACAUUGACAAAAUCCUGCAGCUGGACAGACCAAUCACAUCCACAACAGUGCAAGACUUCAAGAUAAAAGACACCCUACAAACACUGCUGAAAAUCUACAAUGAUGAUGUCAAACCUUUGGAAGAUGCCUAUCGAUUCUCUGACCUCAACAGGGAUGCAAUCUCAGAGGGUGAGAUAUUUGCCAAGCCAAUGGUGUUGUUCCUGGGUCCAUGGAGUGUUGGCAAGUCCACCAUGAUUAACUAUCUUCUGACUAUGGAGGACUCUCACCAGAGACUGCAUACAGGAGCUGAGCCUACAACCAGUGACUUCACCGUUCUACUACAUGGACCCCACUACCGCACCAUCAAGGGCAUGGAGCUUGUCACAGAUAAGACCAACCACUUCUCCCCUCUUCAGAAGUUCGGCCUUGGCUUCACAGAACGCUUGCAGGGUAAGCAGUUUCCGUCAAGGCUCCUGGAGAAAGUCUCCAUUGUCGAUACCCCAGGCAUCAUCGAGAACAAGAAACAGCAACAACGUGGAUACCCAUUCAAUGAAGUGUGUCAAUGGUUCAUCGACAGAGCUGACAUCAUAUUCCUGGUUUUCGAUCCAACCAAACUCGAUGUUGGAUCAGAGUUGUCCAUUCUCUUCAAACAGGUCAAAGGUCAUGAGGCGAAAAUUCGUCUUAUCCUCAACAAAGCUGACACUGUGUCUGCCCAGGAGUUGAUGAGGGUAUAUGGAGCCCUGUUUUGGAGCUUGGCUCCUUUGGUCAAUGUGGUGGAGCCACCAAGAGUAUAUGUCGGAACAUUCUGGACCAGUGUAAAUACAGAUCACAGCAUGGCAAAACUCUUUUAUGAAGAAGAGCUUGCACUUCUGCAUGACUUAAACCAAGUGAUGCAGAAUCAAAUAGAAAACAAAGUGUCGUUCAUCCGACGACAUGCGUUUUAUGUUCGACUGCAUUCACUUAUUAUUGACAGGUAUAUCAGUGUGUUUAAUGAAAACAACUGGUGGAAGUUUAGCAAAAAUGAGGAGCUAUUCAAGAAGAUUGUCACAGAUCCAGACAACUAUAAUUUAUUCAAAAGUAUUUUGUCCAACAAAGACAUCAGUCGACAUGACUUACCGUCAGCCACUGAAUAUAUGGAAUUCUUUUCGAUAAAUUCUCUUGAUUUGUUUAAACCUUUAAGUUACUAUUGUCCGUGGACACCCAUGUCCUCCUGUGAUAUGGUCAAACUGGAGGAAGCUAUUAGUGCCAAGCUGCCACAACUUCUGGCUUCUCUCAAAACAGAAACGUGUACUAGGGACACUUGCAAGAAGAAGCCGUAACAUGGCGCCAACAUGUCGUAAUUCCUUACCCUUUCUGUGAUAGGUAACCAUGGUAACCAUGGUAGCCAUGGUAUUGUCCCCGUGCACUUUUUCAAGUUUAAUUAUUAUGGAUCAGACUUUUUAAAUUUGAAAAGAAAAGAAGAACAAAUCAUAAAGCUGCUUUGAUUGUAAUUUUUUCUUGUUUUGAAGGAAUAUUUUAAUACAUGAUACAAUUAUUCCACACUAGUUUCUCAAUGUUUGUAUGCUAAAACAAAUUAGCUUGCUGAUUGGAAUAUGACUGCAAGAUUAAAUUUUAUUCUGUAAAAUUUAUUCUGAUGUAUCAACACUUUUACUAUGUUAAUAAAUUAUUAGAAUGAAAAAGAAAGUUGUACACAUAGUUGAAAGGGAUCAAAAUUCAGUUUAACAGACUUGUCAUUGGUGGCAACUGUUUGCAUAAGUUUGUGUACUGACUAAAUCCUCACUGAAAUCUACAUCCUGUUUGAACAAGGCCUAAAGGGCCAUUGAUUUGUGGGGCAGACAGUUUGGUUCAAGAUCUGGUUCUUAUUCCCUACUGAAUGUAUUGUUUGGCUGUUGUUUCCCUUAUUUGUGUAUGGCUGAUAAUUGCAACUCUCAGAGUCCCACCAUCCUCUGCGUUGGAAACGCGUGCAUGAGAAUUGUAUGUUGACAGUAAAUUACACUGGUCUAAAAUGUAUCAUGAAAUUAAUGUGUCACAUGAUGAAUAUGUUAAACCCUGGUCUAAAAUGUAUCAUAAAAUUAAUGUCGUGAUGAAUGUGUUAAACCCUGGUAUAUCAAGAAAUUAAUAUGUCACAUGAUGAAUGUGUUAAACCCUGGUAUAUCAAGAAAUUAAUGUGUCACAUGAUGAAUGUGUUAAACCCUGGUCUAAAAUGUAUCAUGAAAUUAAUGUGUCAUGAUGAAUGUGUUAAACCCUGGUAUAUCAAGAAAUUAAUGUGUCAUGAUGAAUAUGUCAAACCGUGGUCUAAAAUGUAUCAUAAAAAAAAAUGUGUCAUGAUGAAUGUGUUAAACCCUGGUAUAUCAAGAAAUUAAUGUGUGAUUGGUGAUGUAAAUAAAUAAAUAGAUUGUGACUCAGUGUUGUAGGUAUGAUUUUUCUAUUUUUGAAGGUUGUCUGUUUAAUAUUUGUGAUGUGUCAGUGGUAUGUGAGUAAAAGUAUUUUACUAUGUAUAACAAAUCUUUUGUUCUGUUUUUAUAUUCAUUCCUAUAUUGGUUUGAAACGCUUUGUUUUGUAACUUUUACUGUAGGGACCUUCCAAAUCUCUAAUGACAGCAUAAUAAAGGUAACCACAAUGUCGGCACAUUAUUGUCGGCACACCAAAUUAUCAAUGUAUCUGGCAAGCUUGCUUAAAGUGAUAAUGUGUUCAGGAUAUGAAGUUUUUCACUUUACAACAAAAUUACAUCUACACUGAGAUAAAUAGUAUGAUUAAAUCCUAUGUAUAUAUUUAGAAACACUGCAACAUAGUCAUGGAUAAUUCUACAUUUUGGAGUUAAACAUGUUUAAGAAAUAUAUAUACUUGCCCGCUCUCUAUAUAAUUGGCAUGAGGGACUAGACCGAAAGUCUACAAUCAUCUAUCUAAGACAUUCAUAGCUUUUUGUCCUAACAUAGGGACAAUUAUUUGCUGAGCUGGGAUUGGACUUCAUGAAUGAUUCAUGCCACCUCGUUAAACUUGCUUAACAUGCUGAAUAUUAAGGAAAUACCUUGACUGGCUGAUCAACAAACCAACAGAGUAAUGGCAGGAUCAAAGAUUGAUUUCAGGAAGACAUUUUCAUUGAUUUUUGUUGCAACAGAUGGUAGAUAGUUGACCUUACUUAUCACAGUACAAGAUUCAAACUUCAGGUAACUAGCUGCACAGAUUGAAACAUACAAAAUUGAUCAAACUUUCUGUUCUGUGGAAAAAGAAAAGCCACAAUCUGUCACUAAUGGGAUCCUUAUCUCUUAUACUUCCUCUAAAAAGACUGACUGACUGACUGAGUUUGGUUUUACGCCGCUUUUAGCAAUAUUCCAGCAACAUCACGGCGGGGGACACCAGAAAUGGGCUGCACACAUUGUGCCCAUGUGGGGAUUCGAACCCGGGUCUUCGGCGUGACAAGCCAACGCUUUAACCAUUAGGCUAACCCACGCCCCCUCUAAAAAGAAAGCUGAAGCUGUCAUACCUGGAGAGUUAAUUAACAGGGUUUCAGAGAGGAUAAAUUCUUUGAUACUGACUGUCAUCCAAAAUUUACUUGCGAUAAUUUUCAAUUUUCAUAAUUACAAAGAGAAACGUGCAAUCAAAAUCUGAUAAAAUUAUAAAAAUGGGGUCAUGAAAUCUCUCUUACAAAUCAGUGUACAAGAGCCAAACUUUCCUUUCAGAUUCUUUGGCAAUUUGAUAUUGCCCAUUUUAGAGCUAUCAAUGUACAUGUUGUAUGUUGAAGUUGUGUAUUACCAUUAUUAUGCUGAGAAUAAGACCUGAUCUACGCGUGUGUAUAGAUGUUGGGUGUUUCAGUGAAGGACAACAUGGCUGUGUUCUGAGUAACUGAUUCUGUUGUCUGUGUAGUGAAUGUGACAAUAAAAGUGGUUUACAAAAGCUA